AUGGCUGCCCGAUUGGCGUCGAGUGUGUUGCGGACGGCAAGGACGACGCGGCGACACCGUGGGCCGGUUGCCGUGCGAAGAAGGUCGCACUUGUCAGCACCGCGUCCUGAUGUGACGAUCCUCGAAGUCGGGCCUCGCGAUGGCCUGCAGAACAUCAAGACUCAAGUGCCAACAUCAACGAAAAUCGAGCUCAUACGGCGGCUUGCCAAUACAGGUCUCCGCAACAUUGAAGCAACCUCAUUUGUCUCUCCCAAGUGGGUGCCCCAAUUAGCGGACAGCAAGGAUGUUAUCAAAGAAGCCAAAGCCAUUGGCGAGCCGGUGGGCAUCUGGAUGCCCGUGUUGACCCCAAACAUGAAAGGUCUGGAGUUGGCAGUUGAGAAUGGUGCAAAAGAAGUCGUUGUUUUUGCAUCUGCUUCGGAAGCUUUCAGUAAGGCCAACACGAACUGUACGAUCGAAGAAGCACUGGCACGUUCGGAGGAGAUCGUACAAGCUGCAAAAUCACAUGGCAUUCGAGCUCGUGGAGUGAUCUCAUGCAUCGUGGCGUGCCCGUACGAUGGCCCUACAGAGCCUUCCAAAGUGCUUGAAAUUGCCAGGCGAUUCCUGCAAAUGGGAUGUUAUGAAGUUGGCCUGGGCGACACAAUCGGCGUUGCAACUCCUCACGAUAUUGAAAAGCUGUUGAAAGUACUAUUGACAGAGAUACCUGCCGAGAAGCUGGCCGGACACUACCACGACACGUAUGGACAGGCCAUCGCAAAUGUUGUGAAAUCCUACGAGAUGGGCAUUAGAGCGUUCGACAGCAGUGUUGCCGGCCUUGGUGGGUGUCCUUUUGCCAAGGGUGCAAAGGGGAAUCUCGCGACUGAAGACAUGGUGUACACUUUUGAAAAAGCAGGCAUCAAAACCGGUGUGGACCUACAGCAGCUGGCUGAAAUUGGUGAUUGGAUCGCGCGAGAAGUCAACAUUCCUAACAAUAGUCGAGCUGGCUCAGCCAUCGUGGCAAAGACGCGUUUUACGAAGGAGGCCACUUCCAAGCCGGCCGGCAGACCAAAGUAG